AUGAAAUAAGAUAUAUAAAAAAAAAAAUGUUAGUAGUAAUAACAGAAGCCUUAGGAAUUAAUUAUUGAGUCAUUUGGCCAACCAAAAAAAUAAGAUUAAUAAUAGGGGGAUAAGAAAAUAGCUAAAACCAAAGAUGUUCCUGUAGAAAUCUAUCUUCCUUUCAUGUCUCAAAUAGAACAGAAAUAAUAGCAAUUAAAUUCUGCCAAAGAAAAAUUGAAUGAACAAUUAGUCCAAUCUUAGCAAUAGAAUACUAAAAAAUAAAAUCCAAAACUUGGUUAUGAGAGAGCUGAAAAAAUCAGAUCAGCUUUGGAAAGGGAAUUGGGAUUAAAUGAGUUUCUAACUAUCUAUAACACCUUUAAAAGCUUAAGAGAAAAAAAUUCUCUUGAAGAUAUUGCAAAAUAAUAUGGGCCUAAUUAUACCGAAUUGAUUCCAAAUAUGUAAUAAGAGUUAAUUUAAGCCUUUUUACCAUCUUUAUUUAUCUUACUCGAAUUCGAUUUGGACGAAUGA